UUGUUUCCCAUCGAAGCUGCGCUUUAGAGUGCAGAUUCAUCUCCAACACUCCGAUUAGCUGCUAUGACGCAUUGAAAGACCUACUUGAAUGGUUUCUUAUUCAUGUUUUGUUGGUAAUAAUUAUUUCAUUUGCGGAAGAAUUAGCACUGUGUUGCGCUGUGGGAAAACAAGGCGCGUUAGACAGGAACGGGAAACAGGACGUGAAGUGAGCUAGCUUAGCUGUGUGUGCUAACAGUGGUAUGGCGGAGGUAGCGGGGCCGUCCAGUGAGACGAUCACGGAGACGGUGCAGACGGGAACACCGCCGCCGCCCCAGCAGGAGGGAAGAAGCUUGACCAUCAAGCUUCGAAAGAGGAAGACUGACAAAAAGGUGGAGUGGUCCAGUGACACGGUGGAUAACGAGCACAUGGGUCGCAGGUCCUCGAAGUGUUGCUGCGUUUACGAGAAGCCCCGGCAGUUCGGCGAGUCCUCCACAGAGAGCGAAGGAGAGGACGAGGAAGGAUGCGGUAGCGCGCACUGCAUUCUCGGCCACGGGAGAGGACACGCACAGAGAGGCGGAGGCGGAGGCGCCAGCACUACGCCCCCUAACUCCGGUGGAACAAACCCUCACUAAUCAGGAGUGAAAGAGCACUGAGCUGGCGGCAGGAAGGAAACUGCGGGGCGGACAUGUUCAUCAUUUUACAUCCGGCUACUAUACAUUGAAAUAAAGUCACUGCGUUGCUGUGUUUCAAAUUGCGAUUCGAUGCAGAGUUUGGAGCUUUUAGUUAAUGCAGGUUGAUUUUAUUUUUGAUUUCUUUUGGUUAUUGUUGUGAUUUAGUGAGAACUUCUGAAUGCUGUGGAGAUUUUUUUUAUUUUUUUUUUUACUUUUUUUCUUUUUUGUACAUAGUACAUGGGUUUUAAUUUCUUUCUUUGGUUCUUUUUUGUUUUGUAAAGUAUUUCUAUUUAUUUGUCUGCUAAGUUCGUUUAAGAUCAGUUCUGUCUCGUUAUACGUAUAAGUAAAAGAAUUAAGACGCCUUGGUUCAGUGAAGCUCCAGCCAGGGAUUACAGUUAAAAAUAAAUAAAUAAAUAAAUACAUAAAAAUAAUAAUUACGAGGGAAAAAAACCCCCGCAUCAGAUCGUUUAGCUGAUGAUUUAGGAAGCAGGGUCCGUUCCAAAGACUUGAGCUUGAACAAGGCCAAGGUGCUCAGCUAACCAAGCAACAGAUAAUAAUGAUAAAUAAUAAUAAUAAUAAUAAUAAUAGUAUUACAGCUGGAGUAGACACAGGUGAAAGCGUUAUUUUAUCUUAGAAAGCUGUAACGUGCUGCUUUCCUUGUGUAUGUUUUUUUCCCCUCAGUGAGUAAGUGAUGCACUCGUUUACCCGAACACGGCGAAUCGUUUCCCUCACGUUUCCCAGUGACACUACUGAUUCUUUUUUUUUUUCUCUUUCUUCUUUUUUUUUUUCUCUCUCCCCUGACAAUCAGACGAGUAAAGCUAAUAAAAGGCAUCGUGCAUGUACAUAUUAACGGCAGGAAGCUUCACACCGGCGCUGAAAUUACAUUUAGUAUUGCCUAAACUGACUCGAGUAUCGGCUGCGUCUGUAUCGGAACGACAGAAAGGAGCAAAGGUUAUAAUGUUCGGAACGGUACCACGUGAGAGAUAUUGUCAAACCGCAGUGAUGUCAGCAUGUUCAGUAAUAAACCCAUGAAAAAGUGUUUGGUACAUAUGAGAUUAAUGAAUUUCUGUGUCGGGGGGGCUGAAAGUCAAGUCAAGUUUUUAAUUUGUAAAGCAUGUUUAACCCUCCUAUUAUGUUGGGGGGGGGGGGGGGGGGGGGGUUACAUCCAUUAUGUUAUGGGUCAAAAUGACUUCCACGGUUUAAAUCCACACAAAGAACUGCUUAAAACAGUAACCCUUUAUUAAGAAGAAAUAUUUACAUGUAAGCUCAUGAGCCUAAAUGAGGAAAAGAGCGAGAUCCAUACGUUAAUAAUACACCUAGAAGCAAUUAGUUAAGUGACACGUUUUGAAAUGUCAACAUGCUUUAAUCUGCUUUAAAGUACAACCCCGAUUCCAAAAAAGUUGGGACGCUGUGUAAAAUGUAAAUAAACACAGAAUGCAGUGGUUUGCAAAUCUCA